AUGGGUCAGCAGAAGAAAUCAAACAGGAAUUUUUGUGGAAUUUUGCGGAAGCCGCAGACUGGAGGGAACAGAAACAGAGAAUCGUGUUGGCGGCCGUGUGCCAUUGUUCUGCCUUCCCUGUUCACCUGUUCUUUUUUGUUCUUGGUUUCCAGGCUCCGACAUCAAGCCCAUAAAGAGCUCUAUGCCUACAAACAGGUUAUUCUAAAGGAAAAAGUAAAAGAACUUAACUUGCACGAGAUCUGCGCCGUUUGUUUAGAGGAAUUUAAGCCCAAAGAUGAACUGGGCAUUUGUCCAUGCAAACAUGCCUUCCACAGAAAGUGCCUCAUCAAAUGGCUGGAGGUCCGCAAGGUGUGCCCGCUAUGCAACAUGCCUGUCCUUCAGCUGGCCCAGCUACACAGCAAGCAGGACCACCCCGGCCCCACACAGGAGCCCCUGCCCGGAGCAGCCAACAUCGUAUAGCUACCCCUGCCCCAUGCACUUUUUUCGCACUCCCAAUCGCCCGCCGGACUCGUGCAGAGAUUUCCCCGCGGCUGAACGUGUUUCUCAUGGCCUCGGAGGAUCUGCCAGGAUUCCCUUUGUCUCAUGAAGAACUCCCAGGAUGCCCUGGGAGGGAGGAAAGGCCGGGUGUUUGGACUACGGACAAACCUGUUGUGGGAUAUCUGCCUGCGCAACCGGAAGGCCUGAUGGGAAGUCGCUGGGCUCACGUUUUUGAAAAGAAAGAGCACUUUACAACACAGGUGCAUUCAUCGAGGCGCCUUCGAUGCACCCAGAGCUGUUCAAGGGAGAGAGGAGUCUGGAAGAGCGGACUCUGCCCCGACACACGUGGGGUGUGUUUGUCUUUUUGUUGUAGAACAAAAGAUUCUGUGCACUCUCCGCUGCGCCCCUGAUGCCCCUGCCCCCCCUGGUGGUUACCUCAUACCGAAUUGCCUGUGGCUUGGGUAUGGUGGACGGCAAGUUGUGUCAGAGGCUAACCCAAGAUGCUUGUUAGUUAGUUAGAUUUCUUCUCGGGGUGGGGUGCGGCAGCGAAACUCCCUGGCAGCUUCAGAGGAAGAGUGAGUGCUUAUUAGAGACGGUGGUUCAGAGAAUCUGCAAGGAUGCAGAGGGAACGCUUGGUCCGGGAGGCUGGUUAGAGCUGUAAUGCACUUGAAAACCCCUGCUUAAAAACAAAUGAUCCCUUGAAUGCCCCUAGAGAGAGAGAAACAGGUUCCCUAGAUUGUUCCUUUGCCUGUGAGACCCAAGGGGGAACAACAGAUAGGGCCCCUCCUGGCAUCAAGCCAGAACGGCUGUGAACGCUUGGAUUCUACACCGGAUUACGAGCACGUCGGCCUUCAUCCCGCAAUGUGAAUCCACGGGCGCAGGCACAAAGGGCGUUUUUGCAGCCGAGUCUUAAAGCAGUCCAGCCGGGUCUGUCACGAACAAACGUGGACCUGAAUGCUCAUCGGCAGUACAAAUGCCUCUUUCUCUGCCGUUAAUGUUGACCAGAGGUUUGGGCAGGAAGCCUGAGAAUAACUCCAAGGAGAUUUCAAUCUGAUGGUAGAGAUGUCCUUUGUCCUCUUCCCAUUCUCCCAAUCCCACUGAACCUCUCUUUCAGGGUCGCUCUGGGAGGAAGACCCAGAUUCCAUCCAGCAUAGCCAUACCGCUGCCCCGCUCUGCCAGGUUAUAAAUUGUUUACAAUUCGAAAGAGCCACACUUCUCUCCGGUUAUACCAAGCAGGGCAGAAGGGUUUUUCCUUAGAAAAACAGUCUGUAUUCUGCCUUCUCGACUUUUAGUUGCUUUUUUAAAUUAAAAAAGAAGCCGUCUUGUUAUCCUGGGUUGGGAGGACAAUAUAGGGCAGUGAUGGUGAACCUUUUCGAGACCGAGCACCCAGACUGCAACCCAAAACCCACUUAUUUAUCGCAAAGUGCCAA